UAUUUUUAAAACGGAUCGCGGGGAAAUUUAUGAUCAUUGCGGGAUAGGAUUGUGUAGUACGCAGUGUCGCUUCCACAGCUCCACCGUUCAGUGUUCCAUUGUAGUUUGCCUUGUGAACUUAGUGAUAACGUUUUAGAAACACGUUCAAAUUGACGCGAUGGGGAGGGUCCGGUGGCUGGAGAGUCUCGUUUUUCUCGUGUCUUUGACUGUGAUAUGUGCUCAAAUAGACGAUUUCUUCGAUCUGCGUGGACCCUAUUGCGAAACGAACAACGCCUGUUGCAACGGACGACAGGACCAUUGUUCCGUGCCGAUUUUAGGCACACUUUGCUAUUGUGACGACUUCUGCAAUUCCACGGGCACACAUUUCGACUGUUGCCCGGACUACUGGACGUAUUGCAAGGGAUUACCGUUGCCCACCACCUACGCACCGCCCACUACGACGAGACCGUCUGACCCCCUGCCGCUGCUAUACUGUAGCCACAAGGGACAACAAUACCAGCCACGUAAACCCUUCCAAGACAACUGUAAUAGAUGUGAGUGCACUGUAUCGGGCACCAAGGCGAUUCUGGAAUGCGAGGACAAUAUUUGCUUGCAAGAUGAACGCAUCAUCGAAACCGUUAACAGAUCGCCCAAUUAUGGAUGGACUGCUGCCAACUACAGUGAAUUUUGGGGCAGGACUUUGAGCGAUGGCAUUUCAUUAAGACUGGGCACCAUCGAACCAAAAGAGGUGGUCAUGAGGAUGCAGCCGGUUAUUAAAGUGUACGACCCAACGGCUCUGCCAAGAUCGUUCGAUUCUCUGGAGAAAUGGCCCAGUUGGAUCCUGCCCAUCCAGGAUCAGUUGUGGUGCGGUUCCUCCUGGGCCGUCUCCACCGCUUCCGUGGCGUCCGACAGGUACUCGAUUAUUUCACAGGGUCGUGAGAAGGUGCAGCUGAGUGCUCAGAAUCUGUUAUCUUGUGACAUGAACAAUAUGAAAACUCGGGAUGCCUGCAAUGGAGGACAUCUUGACAAGGCGUGGUUGUUCAUUAGGAAAUUUGGGCUGGUGGACGAAGACUGUUUCCCAUACAGAGCUAAAUACGAACAUUGCUCCAUCAAACGUAAGGGUAAUUGGGCUGAUGUUGGUUGCAGACCUUUUAAUCCUGAAAGGAGACAUAGAUACAAAGUUAGUCCUGCUUACAGGCUACGUAAUGAAACUGAUAUUAUGUAUGAAAUCGAACAGUCUGGACCAGUGCAAGCAACCAUAAGGGUGUACCAUGACUUCUUCUCUUACAAAUCAGGAAUCUACCAACAUACUGAUUUAGACCUCACUGAGCCAACCGGUUACCAUUCAGUUAAAAUUGUUGGCUGGGGUGAAGAGUACACUUCAACCGGUUUAAAGAAGUACUGGAAAGUAGCAAACAGUUGGGGUACCAAAUGGGGUGAGAACGGUUAUUUUAGAAUACUCAAAGGAGUAAACGAAUGCGACAUUGAAACAUUCGUAAUUGGAGUCUGGCCCGAAAUUGAAGGGAAAAUUUUGACCACCCAUCAUGGACAUUAAUCGGUUUGUUUUAUGCUAGUUUCUAAUCCACAUUCGAAAUAAGUUCAUUUUGUUUAGCUACAACUGUGUUCAUUUAGUGUUUUUUUAGUUUCGUUUUAUUUGCCAUAAACUGCCAGUUUUUACUUAAAUAAUUCACAUUAUUUAUUGACAUUGUGAUUGCUAGUUUGUAAAAAAAAAAUGUUAGUGCAGGUGUUCAAUGUAAAAAUUGUAGGGUUAGAUAUAUAUUUUUGUAUAUUAAUAUUUUUCCAGUAACUUUCUCAUCAUCUUUACAAAUAAAGUAUUUUAAAUUACAAAAACGU